AUGGCCAAAGCCAGUAAUCAUCGGAAACUCGAACUUAAUGAGUUAGAGGAGCUCCUUAAUGAUGCAUAUGAGAGCUCCAAAAUUUAUAAGGCUAGGAUUAAGGCAUUUCACGAUAAACACAUUUCUCAUAAGUCCGAGCCUCACCAAAAAGUGUGGUUGUUCAACGCUAAAUUGCAGUUGUUCCCGGGUAAACUCUGGUCUCGGUGGGAUGUCCCAUAUGAGGUUAUUGAAGUCUUUCCACAUGGGACAGUUGAGAUUAAAAAUCCACAAGAUGGUACGACCUUCAAGGUCAAUGGCCAACAAUUGAACCAUUAUGUGGAUGGUAUUGAGAAAGGGGAGAUGAUUGAGGUUGUCCACUUGACGGACCCAAUAUAUCUUCCAUAG